AUGGAAAUGAAGAUUGAUAUCCUUUCAACACAGCCCAUCAAGCCAUCUUCUCCAACUCCAAAUCAUCUCAGAAGCUUCAAAAUCUCGCUAUUGGAUCAACUUGCUCCUCCCUUUUAUGUCCCUGUUAUCCUACUCUUCUCUGCUGAUGAUUUCGACUGUGAAGCUGUUGAUCACGUCACCAUAUGUGAUCUGCUGAAGAGGUCUCUCUCCCAAACCUUAAGCCGCUUCUAUCCUUUAGCUGGGAAGCUCAAAGGAAAUGACAGUGUGGAUUGCAGUGAUGAUGGCGCUGUGUUCAUGGAGGCUCGAGCAAACGUUGAGCUCUCAGAAAUUCUGAGAGACCCGGAGAUAGAUUUGUUGCAGAAGCUUCUCCCAUGUGAACCGUACAGUGUGGGAUCAGAAUCAUCAGAUAGAGCAAUCACAGCCAUUCAAGCAACAAUUUUCGAGUGUGGCGGAAUAGGAAUUGGAGUAUGCAUGUCACACAAGGUGGCCGAUGGGGCAACGCUGGCCACUUUCCUCACCGCUUGGUCUGCAACAGCAAUGGGUACAGAUGAUGGCAUCACUCCCUUUUUGGACUCAGCGUCCCUCUUCCCACCAAGAGAUAUCAAUACGGUACUGUCCAGUGGUGUGAUCAGCCACGGUAAAACUCUAACAAGGAGAUUCUUAUUUGAUGCAGCAAGCUUAGCCCGCCUGCAGUCCAAAGCAUCCAAUUCUACCCGUGUAGAAGCUGUUACAUCUCUGAUAUGGAAGUCAGCCAUGGAUGUGGCCAGAGAAAAAUCAGGGAAGGACACCAUAUCAUCCAUUGUCACACAUGUAGUGAAUCUACGGGGGAAGACAGAGCCACCACUGUCGGAUCGCUCUUUAGGAAACCUAUGGCAGCAAGCAGUUGCAACAGUAACGGAGCAGGAAGGCAAGGUAGAGCUGGAUGACUUGGUGGGAAGGCUGAGAAGAGCAAUAAAAAAGGUAGAUAAGGAGUAUGUGAAGGAGAUUCAAGGCGAAGAAGGGCUAUCAAAGGCUUGUGGAGCCAUGAAAGAAGUCCAGAAAAUGAUCAUGUCCAAGGGAGAGAUGGAGCUGUACAGGUUUAGCAGUUGGAGCAGAUUUCCAUUUUAUGAAACUGAUUUUGGGUUUGGGAGGCCUAUCUGGGUGUGCACUAUUACUGCGCCUAUCAAGAAUGUGAUCAUUUUGAUGGACACAAAAUCUGGGGGUGGAAUAGAGGCUUGGGUGACAAUGGUUGAAGAAGACAUGACCAAAUUCCAACGCCACUAUGAGCUUCUGGAGUUCGUUUCAUCAACACAAAGUGCUUAA